GCUGAUGUGGCUGUCAUUUGUCGGUGACGGUGCGGGUGAUUUUCCUGGUGCGCUGUUGCAACAACGAGAGUGGAGUUGUCUUGAGCAUGACGGGGAGGUUGUAGCCUAUGGCUUGUGUAGCUUUAUUAGUUAGCGUUAGCCACAUGUAGCCUAUGCUAACGUAUAGCUGUUCACUAGCUUUUGAAGCAGGACGCUCGCUAGCAUUCCAAGGGGAUAUAGGCUAAAUUACAGCAUAGGCUACUUUUUUAAAUAGCUAUUAUUAGCAGUUAUUUUUGGUAGCAUAUUUAAAAAAAAACUGGACCGUCUUCACUGGUGUUGGAUAUUGGGCGCAUCCACAAGUCAUUAGACUACCGCUGGAUACAAGUUGGUAGGCUAUUUUAAAAGAUCCAAAUGGAUAAAAAAGCAGGAAAAGUUCGGAAUCAGGACAUCAACCCAUGCAUCGAGGAAAGCGAUGCCUCCCAGAAGUGUUUGAAUGCCUACAACUACGAUAAAAGCAUGUGUUCGGCCUACUUCCAAAGCUAUAAGAGCUGUAGGAAAUACUGGCACAACAUCAUGGUGCAGAGGAGAAGAGACGGCGUGAGGCCCGACAUGCCCACCGCUGCAGAGAGGCAGGAGAUGCUCGCCACUGUCGGGGGCAAACCGUACUGAGAGUCGGCAGGGUGACGCAGAGACACUGGGAGGACAUUCUGCCGAUGCCAAGGACUGACCUGUCCUCAGGCUCAGGCCGUCUGGGUGGGACCAUCUGGAACGGGUCUCUCCUGAAAUGAAAGGGAUAGAGAGGGAAGUCACAGAAAGACGAGAUAUAAGGUGUAUUAUUUAUUGAGGUUAAUAACAACGUGACGUGAAGUGACACAACAUGAAAAUGACCCGUCUGAAAUAGGCGGCCAGCGGCAGGCUUUUAUACCAACAGUCUGCAUCCGGUGAGUCAGGCUACUGCUGCCCCAAAUCAGUUAAAGGGAAGCUUCACCACCAGCGCAUGACCCCAGGCUCUCUGUCCCGGUCAAGCAGCAGCACAGCUGCACAAAAA